CUCCUGUCGUCGCGCUCCGUGGAACCCCAAAGGCUGCUCCGGAUUGUCCCCCUUGGCUUAACCCGGCCCGCUGCGCUCCGCUGCCCUCGCCUGGGUGGCGGCGACUUCCUCUCCCUCCCCUUCACCAUGAAGAAGUCGUGUGGAAUAUUAAACCCAAGAGUUGCUUUGGGGUCUGCUGGAAGGGCAAUGACUUCCAAGUUCUUCCUAAUGGCUUUGGCCAUCUUUUUCUCCUUCGCCCAGGUUGUAAUAGAAGCCAAUUCUUGGUGGUCCCUAGGUAUGAAUAACCCUGUUCAGAUGUCAGAAGUAUAUAUCAUAGGAGCGCAGCCUCUCUGCAGCCAACUGGCUGGACUUUCUCAAGGACAGAAGAAACUCUGCCACUUGUAUCAAGACCAUAUGCAGUACAUCGGAGAAGGUGCGAAGACGGGCAUCAAAGAGUGCCAGUACCAAUUCCGACACAGACGCUGGAACUGCAGCACAGUGGACAACACCUCCGUGUUUGGAAGGGUGAUGCAGAUAGGCAGCCGUGAGACGGCCUUCACGUACGCUGUGAGUGCGGCAGGAGUGGUGAAUGCCAUGAGUCGAGCUUGCCGAGAGGGUGAACUUUCCACGUGUGGCUGCAGUCGGGCUGCGCGCCCCAAGGACCUGCCCAGGGACUGGCUGUGGGGUGGCUGCGGUGACAACAUAGACUACGGUUACCGCUUCGCCAAGGAGUUCGUGGACGCCCGGGAGAGGGAACGUAUCCACGCCAAGGGCUCUUAUGAGAGUGCUCGAAUCCUCAUGAACCUGCACAACAACGAAGCCGGCCGCAGGACGGUGUACAACUUGGCUGAUGUGGCCUGCAAGUGUCAUGGAGUCUCGGGCUCCUGCAGCCUCAAGACCUGCUGGUUGCAGCUGGCAGACUUCCGCAAGGUGGGAGAUGCUCUGAAAGAGAAGUAUGACAGCGCUGCGGCCAUGCGACUCAACAGCCGGGGCAAACUGGUGCAAGUCAAUAGUCGCUUCAACUCGCCUACCACCCAGGACCUGGUGUACAUCGACCCCAGUCCCGACUACUGUGUACGCAACGAGAGCACUGGCUCGCUGGGCACUCAGGGUCGCCUGUGCAACAAGACCUCCGAGGGCAUGGAUGGCUGCGAGCUCAUGUGUUGUGGCCGGGGCUAUGACCAGUUCAAGACGAUCCAGACGGAGCGUUGCCACUGCAAGUUCCACUGGUGCUGCUACGUCAAGUGUAGGAAGUGCACAGAGGUCGUGGACCAGUACGUGUGCAAAUAGUGGGCACUCGAGGCCUGCCUGUCACCCCAUCCCACUCCCAGGACCCACUUAUUUAUAGAAAAUACAGUGAUUUUUUUUAACAUUGUUUUGUUUUUUGGUUUUUUUUUCCCCAAGAAUUGCAACCAGAACCAUUUUUUUUGUUCCCAUUAUGAACUCUGUGGUUUAUUAGUAAUAUUAUGACUAUUAUUUGGCAGUAACAUGGGGGGGGUGGGAACCAAGACAAAUAUUUAUUUUGUGGAUCUUUUAUAAGGUAAGGUUAAAAAUAAUAAAAGGUAAGGCAAGACAUCUUUUGAUGGUACAGA